UAUUUAUCACAAAAUUUCCUAUACAAAAUGGCGUCUGAAAUUCAACAAGAUACAAGUACCAGGACAACAGAGAAAGCAGUAAAGACCAUUGAGCUGAUAAAGUCAUUUACUGGUGAAUUGCCUAAAGAUUUCAGACUGAUUGCUGAUAUACAAGAGUUUAUAGAAAACACCAUACAUCAGAGAUCACUAAGCACACAGGGUGAUGAAUGUCAUCUAACCACCAUAGCAACAGAUGAUGGAUCACUGUUUGAGAGAUUAUCAGAUUGGUCAACAUUGCCCUCAGUAGAAAAAAAUAACCACAAGAACUUUCUAGAGGAGAAUUAUUCGCCUGAAGACUUACAAUUGGCUUAUGAUGAAUAUUUUGCAAGACAUGGAAGAAUACCUGCUUUAAGAGACUUCAGAGUUUUCAUUCUACAGUGGCAAGUUGAAAUGCACCACAAAGUACAAGAUCUUGAAUCAGACAACAAUAACCUGAACCUUAACCAAGAUAAUUUCAGACUGGCAUUAGAUCAUGCUGUAUAUGUGUCAACAGAACAACAGAACCAGCUACAGAAUCUGAUCACAGACCGUGUGGACAUACAGAGAAAAUUUGAACAAUUAAACACAAUCAAUAUACAACAUGUUACAUCAAGAUAA